AUGUCAUUAGAAGAAGGUAACAAAUUUGGAGGUGAAAUUGAAUUCCGUCAGGGAAAAGCAAUUCAACUAAUAAAUUAUGUCAAGAGCGAAAAUGAAGACGGAAUAGGAAAAAUAAUUGUGAAUUCUGACGCACUCAGGAUUAUCAAGAGUAUCGAAGAGCCUGUCGCUGUUAUUUCUGUUGUAUUGGUGCUGGAUUGCGAAGGCAUAGAUGAUCCAGAUCAAGAUAUUAACUGGGCUACAAAAUUAUUUAUUCUGUGUUUGGCAAUAUCUUCAACUUUUGUCUAUAAUGUUAAUGGAGUUGUGGGUAAGGAUGACAUAGGAAAGUUGUAUUUGAUGACGGAUUUGAAUAGGUUCAUCAAAAAGCAAGAUGAAUCACAACAGGAAGAGUCAUGUAGGGAUGCAUUGCCUAGAUUAGUGGUUUUACUGAGGGAUUUCGGAUUGGAUGAACCGGACAGUUUUAAAGAAUAUUUUUUGGAAAAGUUGCAACAAGUUGAUAGCGAGGCCGCGGCUGGAAUCACGAAUCACUUUAAAGAUUUUGAUGUCUAUGGAUUACCUCACCCGGGAUGCAAACGAAAACAAAUUCGACAUUUGGAAGAAAUUGAAACUUCUAGCCUCGAUCAAGAAUUCGUUUCAAAAAUAUCUCAGUCGGUGCAAGAAAUCUUUCAUAACCUCACCGCAAAACAUAUAUCUACCACGCCAUUAACCGGUACCUCAUUUUCAAAAUUUCUUGUCGAUUGUGUGGAUCACAUGAACUCCUCGAAACAUUGUGCACAAUUUUCAGUACCCGAUGAAUAUGAAACAAUCGUCAACUUCAUGUCAGCUUUGGCACUAGACAUAGGGACCACCUACUAUAAUAUAAUGAUGAUUGAUAAAGAAAUUGACGAUUUUCCAAUGAGUUGGUGGGAAUUCGAACGUUAUCAUGAGGAAAUUUUGUCGGAAGCGGAAAUUAGAUUUCAGGAAAAAUGUAUAGGCAAUAUUCGUGAAAAAAAUAUUUUGAAAUUCUAUGAAAAAAUUGAUGAAAUUGAAAAAGAAUUUCGAGAAGUGAAUUCGAAACAGUUAAAGAAAUUUAAUAGAACCGUUGCAGAAAACUUAUGGGAUGAACUCGUUAAACCAGGUUUAACCGCGGAGAAUCUUUGUGAGAGUCACUUGUCAUUCGACAGCAUUCUUGAAACUUUUAACGACAGAUAUAAUUUUCAAGCCAUACCCAGUCGGGAAGCUUACGAAGUCUUUGAAUUUUUUCGGGACAAAAUCGUUCCAAAUUCCGUCGAGCAAUUAGACGGAAUGCUUGGAUUGCGCAACGAGACCGAGGAAAUUCAAAGAACCAAACAAGAGGUACAACGGGAAAUCCAAGAAACACAGAAUAAAUUAGAGAUUAUGUUGAAUGGACAUCGAGAAGAUGAGGAUGUCCAUGGCAGGAGGGUUGCCGAGUUAUUGAGAAGAAUCGAAGAGCUGGAGAAGCAACUUACCUGA